GUACUUUAGUGUAUGAUCACAGUGGGGUUCAAGCUAGUGGGAUUUUAAAGGCUUGAAACUAUUCCCUACAGUAACAAACUGUUGGUGCCAAGGUUUUCUUCCCUGUGCUUGACGGGUCGGCGACAAAUUCGGAUGAACAUUGGUGGUGCCUUUUCAUGGAUAUGGUGAAGAAGCAAUUUUGGAUCAUUGACUCGUUAUACUCGGAUCCUUAUGAAAGCCAUUCUGAGCUUGUUACGGAAUUGGUGAAGGCAAUUGAUGUUCUGUUGCACCUGAAAGAUCCCCUUUGGGAGUUGGGCACUUGUGAGUUGUGGCCUAGGCAUGUGGUUGGCAUGGUGAAGCAAACCGAUACCUUCUCCUGUGGUGUGCUAAUGCUUGGUUGCAUUAAACACUGUGCCAGUAAUUCUUGUCUUUCUACUUACCCGAUGGAGAAGAACUUGAGGAAGAAGUUGUUUUUGGAGGAUGCAAAUAACCCAUGCAAUGAAUUGCUAGUGAAAUUUGAUGAAAUUCUCCCAAAGGAACGAGUCUGGCCCAAAAGGACUGCGUCUACGCAAACCCACUCGGCGAGUUAGUUGUGUGUUUUGUAAUUUGUGGUGUUUGAUUUGUGUCCUUGAUUUUUGGAAAAACUGUCAACUUUAGAUGUGAUGACAAACUAUGGUUGGGUUGACAAUGUAGACAUAUUGUAUGUGGCUGGCCCAAAAGGACAUUGCAUUUGGCUCUUAAGGAUUUUGGUAUUUGUAGAAAUGAAAUUUGGUAUUUGUACUUAAAAGGACAAAUUUGGCCCAAAAGGACAUUGCAUUUGGCUGGCUCAAACUCAUUUUGUGUAGAAUUGAA